AUGAAUCCUGCUAAUAGUAGCAUCCCAAUUAUUGUUAUUCCCUCAUCAUCAUCUGCUGACGUUAGGAAGGCCAUCAGCGCAAACAAAUCAGAAGCAAAAAAAAACAAAUGCAAGAGCAAGAAAAGUUUAAUUAAUUUUAACCUUGCUUCUUUACCAUACAAAGUAUUGUUCCUCUUUGGUGUUAUCAUUGUUUUGUUACAGGGUGCACCAGGUCGAAGAGAUGGAGGAUACAGAGAUCCAAGAGACUACAGGUACCAACAAUAUGAUGAUCAAAUGUACAGGAGAGGAGGUAGAGACGGUUACAGAGGAGACUCAUAUGGUGGAUAUGACGAUGGAUAUGGUUACAAUGACAGACACUAUGGAAAUGAACAGUUGAGAGGUGGUAUGAGAAGAGGUGACGACAGAGAUAUUCAUUAUUCAUCAACUCAAAGAAGUGUAGAUGGAGAUAUGUAUUAUGGUAGUGGACCUAGUGGCGAUGAACGUACCAUUCGUUAUUCAAGAACUGAAAGAAUGAUAGAUGGAGAUAUUCAUAAGAAUGGUGAUGAUCGUACCUUCCACAUUUCAAAAACUGAAAAAAUUGAAGAUGACGAAGAAAUUCAUCAUGGUCCAGGAAUGGCAAAUUUGGGAAAUCCAAAUCCACAUGGUGAACCAGGUGAUGACUCAAGAACGUUCCAUAUUUCCAAAACACAAAAAAUUCACGAUGAUGAUGAUCCAAACCAACCAGGUGAUGAAUCAGGAGAAAUCCACAGUUCCAAAGCACAAAGAAUGCCCGACGAUGAUGACCCCAGAAAGUUUCAUCACAAUCCAGCAAACCCAGUGAACCCAGAUGGAAGUUACCCUGAUGAUAUGCAUAACCCACACCAUGGACCAGGAUAUGGAAAUCCACAUGGAAAUCCAUACAUGAAUGUAGGAGGAAGAGGCCCACAGGGUAUGCACGGUGGAAGAAGAUUUGACAUGGAUGCAGAUGAUUUUGGUUCAAGAGCAGACUUAAUGAGAGGACCACCAGGAGGAGGAAGAGGACCAAGACAUGGCCCAAGAGAUUUCCCCAUGCAAGGUGAACGUGAAUCAUUACCAUUCGGAGUAACUAGAGCUGAAUUACAAGAAGAAAUGACAGAAGAACAAUUAAAUAACAAAAUUAAGAGUUUAAGACAAAAUGCAACUGUUAAGGAAAUGUUUGUUUUAUUUAACCAAGUACUUGCUCAUGAAAGAAGAAAGUUUGUUAAGAUGCAAGAAUAUAUUAUGCAAUAUUCUCAAUACUUACAAAAGACCUUGUUGUUACCAACCCCAAUUAGAAUGAAAUACUGGUGGAGAGCACACUACAAUAUGACGGAUGAAUUAAUUAAGAAAGAAAGAAGUGACUUCCAAGAUUUCUAUGCUUUUGUUAACAGAGGACAAUGCCAGAGAUGGGAUUUCUUAUACUUUGUAAAUGCUAAGAGAAAGUCAUGGGAUGAACUUAGAGAUUUAAUGAAAAGUAUAUGGAUGGAAAUCCUUACUUACAAAAUGAAGAAACACAGCAAAUUGUAA